AGGUAGGCACUGCUGGUAUUAAACUCACUCUGCUCCACACCUUGACACAGUCCACCAUCUCCUGAAGACCCUCUUCCCAUAGAAUGGAUCCCGUGUACGAGACCCCCGACGUCACCUACGAAAACCAGUCGUCAGGUAUUUAUGACAUGACCUACGAGACGCCAUACGCAGAGCCCUCUGACCUGAUAGCAGAGUACGAAAACAUCGAAAGGGCCAGAGAACCACCAGCUCCCCCUUCCUUACCUCCACCUCGCGCUCCCUCAGAGGGGAGGCGAGGCAGUUCCUCCUCUUCCUCAUCCUCCUCUUCUUCCUCACAUUCUGGAGAUGAAGAGACAGGGGAGACGGAGGAAUUGAAGAAGGGAGAGGAAUCAGAGAAAGACGAAUCAGAGGAAUCAGAGAAAGAAGAGGAGAAGAUAGAGGAAAAGGAGAGCAACAUAGAGCUUAAUUUGGAGAGGAGAUCUCCAGAAGAGGUGGAGAGGGCCAACUCAUCACGCAGAUCCUCAUCUUCGUCAUCAUCAUCUUCAUCUGCCUCUGAGAAGGAGGAACCUGAGGAGAAGCCAAAGCCUGAUAAGGAAGGACCUGAAAUCCAACUUUACGUUAAGGCUGGGAGUGAUGGAGAGAGCAUCGGAAACUGUCCCUUCUCCCAGCGCCUCUUUAUGAUCCUCUGGCUGAAAGGAGUAGUCUUCAAUGUCACCACUGUUGACCUCAAAAGGAAACCGGCAGACCUCCACAACCUGGCCCCGGGAACACACCCGCCCUUCCUCACCUUCCAGGGGGAGGUGCUCACCGACGUGAACAAAGUGGAGGAGUACCUGGAGGAGAUGCUGGCUCCACCAAAGUAUCCCAAACUUUCAGCGAAGAAUCGGGAAUCAAACACAGCAGGGAAUGAUAUAUUCGCCAAGUUCUCUGCCUACGUUAAAAACACAAGACCGGAUAAAAAUGGAGCACUAGAGAAGAGUCUGGACAAAUCCCUGGCCAAGCUGGACGAGUAUCUGCUGAGUCCGACCGCCGGCGAGGUUCAGGACGGACGCCACAGCGGAGACGGGGAAUCCAAACGCAAAUAUCUGGACGGAGACGAGCUGACGCUGGCGGACUGCAACCUUCUUCCCAAACUGCACGUCGUCAAGGUGGUGACGAAGAAAUACCGGAACUACGACAUCCCAUCUGAGUUCAAGGGGCUGUGGCGUUAUCUCGGGAACGCCUACAGCCGAGACGAGUUCACCAACACGUGCGCGGCCGAUGUGGAAAUCGAGCUGGCCUAUAAGGACGUUGCUAAGAGGCUGGGAAAGUGAAUGCAUCACCUCCCGUCUCACUUUCUCUCCUGUCAGAACAUCUACAAAAUCACAGUACACACUCUUUAAAAAGGUUGUUUUUAACACUGAUGUGUGUGUGGAGCACAGUGGUUUCAUUCUGUUUUUACUGCUGAUAUUUGUGGAAAAAAGUCCCAAUUUGCAGACUGUAGCUUAGCUGGGUUAGCUUUCAGUGGAUUGCAUAGUGGGAUUUAUAUUCCCCAUAUAAAGAGCCUUUCCAGAACCAAUAACAAAAGAGCAAAGAAAGGCUCAGUAUUACCCAUCUUCUCAUGUUAACCUCUGAAUAAUUUCACGUUCAUGCAUAAAGCAGUGUUUGAUUUAUGGUCCUGUGCUUUUUUCUGUUGUAUUGUUAAUUUAUAGUGUAUAGAAAAUAGUCUUAUUGUGUUUCAGCCAAAGUAAUUCAUCUUUUAUUGGGCAAGAGUCCAUUUUAUAGACUCCUUGUUUCCUGACAUGAUUGGAUUCACAUCAGAUUGUACUUUAUCACUGAUCCCUAUCUGACACGGUCGAAGUCCCAGUGCAUUCAGAUCCAAACUUUACUUUUAAUUGGAAAGGAAACUCCCAAACAAACCCGGGCUGUGAUGUAUUUUAAUCAUGAGCGCCUUAGUGGGAAUCAAGCUCUCUUCUGCCUUCAGCUCUUUGUCUGUACAGUAAAUUAUAUAUGUCUGAAUAUAAUAUGAAUAAUUGAUGUCAAAGGACUUCUCCUGCCCUGAGGAGCUGUGUGAAAAUAUACACUUCUGUAAAUGAUUGUCGUUCUACUAGAUUCCUCUUCUUUCCGAUGAUUAGAACCAUGAACCCACUGUGUAUAUGUGUCGCUUAUUUGAAUAAUAAAUCUAUUUUCUCAGAGA